AUGAGUGGCAGCGACGCUCGAACGACCGAUGCGGCCUGCAUCAAAGUGAAAUCAGGCGCACCAAGUAACUGCGACUGGGAUGAAGUCGAGUUCGAGAACCCUACCGACGAGGAUCAAUCAACCGACCUGCCUGACCAAUGCAGAUUCGAGGUGUUUUUCAUUGAGCCACUUAAAGAGAGAGAAAAUUUUGAUGUAUGGCUUGAGGGUGUCGAGCAAUACCUCCGUCCUCUCACGCUCCACCAUCUCCUCGAUGCAACCAUCAAACGACCCUUCCGAGAUAGCCCCAAUGCAGAAAAAUGGAGGCAGCUAUCGCAGCAAGUCCGAGCCUGGCUGACGAAGAAAAUGGAUGCAAAGGUACUUCAGGGAAUCAUGGCACGUGGUGGACGAGUGACCUUUGCCGAUGAAUUCAUGGCUGAAACACGGAAGUUUAUGCUAGAUGAGGGACACGAUGUGCUGUCCGCUGCGAUCUUGAAGCUUAUCAAAAAAACCCGCUCUGAGUUUGAUAGUCCAGAAGAAUUCAUUGCCGCUCUGAAAUCACGCUACAAAUUGACCAGCGACCUCAAGGGACAAGUCCCGCCAUACACCGCGGUCAUCAUCAUGUUUCAAGAGCUGCAAUCUAUACCUAGACUCGGACAACAUAUCAGGUUCUGGAACAAUGAGCUACGUCUAGUCAAGAACCCAGCUGCAAAUAUCACCUGCGCCGACUUCCUUGCAUUUACCUCUGCAAUCUCUGAAGUCUUGAAUAAGAUCAAUGAUCAGUCUACCUUCUGGGAUUUCUCUAAGAGACCCAAAAUGUCGCCAGUGUCUAUCAUUCAUAGGACUGGCGCCUCAACUCGCCGGCCUAUUCAACGUGUUAGUCAAUUUGGCCAAGGAGACAGGCUGAAUGAUGAUGCUGAAUAA